AUGGCCAGCACUGCCCUGGAGUUUAUUGGGUUCCUAAUCGGCUUAGUAGGAUGGAUGUGUGUCUGCGCAGUUACAGGAAUGCCACAAUGGAAGAUUACGCCAUUUAUUGGAAGCACCAUUCUGAAUACAGAGAUCACAUGGGAAGGGAUUUGGAUGACCUGUGUCUACCAACAGACAUUGGGCAGGUUGGUGUGUGAUAGUUACGACUCCACGCUUGACCUCUCUGGGGACAUGCAGAUGGCAAGGGCUCUCAUGUGUCUGGCCAUUUCCUUGGGGCUUCUAGCCAUCAUGGUAUCGACAGUGGGAAUGAAGUGUACAUACUGUGCUGGUGAUGACCGCAGGGUGAAGGGUUAUGCAUCUACUGUUGCUGGCUCCUUUUUCAUCAUGGCUGGGGUGUGUGUUUUGGUUCCUGUGUCAUGGGUUGCACACAUCAUUAUCACAGAUUUUUACAAUCCGCUAGUACCAGAGAGUCUGAAGCGGGAGCUGGGAGAGGCCCUUUACGUGGGCUGGUCUGCCACCUGUUUCCUUGGCAUCGGAGGAGCCUUCCUCUGUUGCUCUUACCCCACAGUCGGUGAGUACAGACAAGGCUAUCGGAAGAGCUGCACAACAAAUCAGUCUUCAGUGCCAGAUCAGAACCCUGCAACUGGUUACUCAUUGAAUGAAUACGUCUGA